GUUGGAGGAGCGACUGCACCAUGUCCUUUCCAGACAGUCAAGCCGCCUACAGGCUUCUGGUCAAGUCCAUGUCGCCAUGGCCGUUGUUCUCUUCCAACUGGUUCCGCAUGUUGGAGGGGAUACAGCAGAUCACAGACGCAGCUGUGCUAGAGAACAAGAACGUGGAUAGGGACACACAGGCCAGCACAACGCUGUGGGAGAGGAACGAGCUGAUAGUUCGAUACAUCCUCGAAGAAGGGAAGCUGAACCUUACUCUGAGGCUGCUGGUGGAUUUCAAGGACCUGCAACGGCAGGAGCAGUUUGCGAACAAGCUCUCGGCAGCGAAGCAGGCGGAGCCCAACGCGAGCUUCGACGACUUGUCGACGAUCAAGAUCAAGGCAGCACUGUUCGAACAAACUCUUGGAGUGCUGAUACUCUGCUCCAUCACGUCGAUCGAAGCCUUGCAGGUCAUCGACUUUCCACUCUUCAUCGAGCACAUUGCUAAGACGUUGGAAUUUGCCCUGAUGCACCCUGAGAUGGUGCGGUCACCCGAUUCCUAUAGAAGACAAGAAGUCUUGGCUGUCUCCUACAUAUUUCACAUCCUACAAGCCAUGGACCAGCUGCAAGAGGAUAGAAUAAUGGAAGUGAUGCAAGAGAAGAAAGUUUUCCCGUCCUUGGUCAGGAACAUAGCCACCUAUCACACCUACUACCAGACGAAUGUGAAGAAGCAUUCUGUCAUGGCGGUCUCUUCCUUUGUCAACACUGAAGCAUUCAAGACGAACCCGAAGGCUUUCCUGCAGGACGAUGAGACCAAGUCUCUGAUCGUCUCGUUGGAGGAGAGUUUAAUCAAGGAACAUUUCUCAGACUACUCGAAGAAGAAGUUGAUUCGGCCUUUGCUAGACUUCAUCUUGCGGAACAAGCCCCCCAAGUGAGGACGGGGGAGACAAGCCAUCAAGCGUGGAGAGCAGGGUGGAAGGAAGAAAUGAGAGAAGUGGGGAAGAGAUAGAGAGGGAAAGAGGGUGAAGGAAGCGAGGUAGAACAGAAUCUCAAGUGUUAUUAAUCAAAGUCAAAAUGUUCUCGGAUCCUUGCCGCCAGGUAUAUUUCUAGAGAUACGAUAAUUUGAAAGGCGAGGCAAGAGAAGGGAGUCAUCCAACCGGAGAGUCGUUCUUCUUGAGCAGCCCGAAGUUCUUAAGGAUCUUGAUCUGGUGUGCUCGCUUCGUUACGUUGAGAUCAUCCCAGAGCUGGUCAAGUACGUCAAGCAUGCUUCCGUCGAUGCUAUUUUCACGGAAAGCUGAGACGUGUUCCUUGAGCUCAAUCUGUUCGAGCUUCCGGCAAACGUCAUCGACCGUCAUGCUAAAGACUGGAGGCUCUGUCGCUGCGGAAGUCUUGGAGUUUGCAGACGAAGAACUUGACUGAGUUUCCACAUCGCUGAGCAUCUGCGUCAAAGCCUCCUCCAUUGCUUGUGCAUCAGGAAAGCGUUCCUUCUUGUCCUUUUUCAAUGCCAUGCGAAUGAAGUUGUUGCAUUUGCUCGAGACGCCUUCGAUCAGAGGAGGCGUGAGGUGGAGGAUGUUCAAGCCAAGAUUAGAGUGUUCUUCGCGUGUCAGGCAAGCAUCUUCGAUAGACAGUUCUCCUUCGUUGCUUGUCUGCCCUUUCAGAUUUACAAACGGAUGAUUUCCUGAGAGCAUCUUGUAAAAGAUGACGCCAAGACUCCAUACAUCUGUCCUGAUGUCAAUGUCCAUGGUCACUCCUCGCACUUGCUCUGGUGACAUGUACAACGGAUUUCUCAGCAGAUCUCGCGCUUUCGAUGUUUCUGGCCUGAGAGGAUCAUUCUUCUGCAUUCCCACAUCAAUUAUCACAAUUCUAUUGUCUUCCGAUGAUAUCAUUACGUUCGAUGGUUUUAAAUCGUAAUGUGUUAUUCCUCUGUAAUGUAAAUUUGCCACUCCAUGCACAAGCUGUGAUAUGAAAUUCUUACUAUCUUCCCAGGGAAGCGCUUUGUCUUGCAUCAAACUUUCUAGAGUAACACCAUC